AAAGACCUUUCACGACGCACAUAUAAACUGCGACCCAACACCCCAAACAUGCCCCUCCGAUAACAAGCCCCACACUCAUCAGCGACAACAACUUGUAACUCCACAGGCAAGCCACCAUGUCAUUCAAAAAGACCGAACUCUUCGGCGGCGCCAUUACCGUCGACCUGCCCGCCGGAUUCGGUGACACGAGCCAAAUCCGCCAAGUCCCCGACCAUCAAGAAGUCUACCUCGACACGAACGGGUACACCAGCGUGGUCUUCGAGGUCCUGGAAUACGUCGACAAGCAGACGGACGAGGAGGCGCUGCAGUACCACUUUGCCGACCUAGUUGACGGGACGGGCGAUGCGUCGAACAUCCGGGAUCAAGGAACAGCCGCUAUGGCGAAGAUACCAAACAAACCCAUACACACCCUCACCUUCAUCCAGACCCCUCCGCCGCCCACGCGCCCCAACCGCAAGCAACCCGACUUCGUCUCCAUCCACCUUCUCCUCCUGCGCCUCAAGGAGCAGGCAACGGACCUCAUGAUCACGGUCAACGUCCCGCACUAUCCGGGCGAGUACACGAAAGUAGGGCCGGCCGAGGCGACGCAGUUGAUGAAGGAUGGCGAGACGGUGAAGAGCAGGAUUCUGGAGAGCUUUGAGAUUAAGGAUUGGGGCCUUUUCCAUGGCUAGAUGGUAAGAGCUAGGCGGGUUUAGAGGGGCUUAGAUGAAGAGAUAGGACUGGACUGGUGGCUGGGGAAAGGAUAGAUGACUCCAUUCCGGAGUGACCUUUGAUAUUGAAAGAAUUUCCAUACAAUUCCGCCCCUAUUUGCCUUUUCUUCGGUCGUGCAUUCCGUCUUUUCUGCUUCCGCGCUCUCUAUAGCUGCUUAGUCACGUCUUUUCUUCACUAUAUAAGCUGCCCUGCACUCCAGUUCUGACCUUUCUCUUACCCCACACAUGAAGAUCUGUUCCUUUAAAGAGCUAAAGAGCUAGCAUUAUGGCUUCCCUUCCUGCGGAUCUCUAAAUCAUCACUAAGGAAGUCUAUGAGCGGGCUCCUUCCAGUCGGAAAACUACAUCGAAUAGAGUGCAUCCGCCAAAGUAUAG